AUGACAGACUUAAUUGGUGAAAACCAUACAGUUUCAUCUCCUUCCAAAGAUGGUGAUUCACUAUUAGAUGAAUUUGAUUUAACAUCAUCACCUAUUGAUGAUCAGUUAUUUGAUAUUCCAGCAUUAACGUCACUUCCUAGUCUUGAAAGUAUACUUUAUGAACAAGAUCCAACAUUUGAUAGUAUAUCUGUAUCAUCAUCAAUACAAAAUCAAAAUCUUCAACAAGAUAAUGAUAAUUCUAUUAAUAAUUUAAAUAAUCUUCAUUCAUCUCAACCAUCAUCAGCAUCAUUUGAUUCUUUACUUGAUAUUCAGACUAAACCACUUGAUAAUUAUAUACUUAAAAUUCAUCAUCAACUACAAGAUGCUAUAAGUACAGAUGAAUCAUUUGUUGAAAUACCUAAACAUAAACAAAUAAAUCAUGGUUCAUUAUUAAAAAUUCAUGAAUUACAAACAAUAUCAAAUCAAUUAUCACUUUGUAUUGAACGUACAAAUUAUGGUCAUCCAACAACAAUUGAUAUACUUUUAAAUCGUUUAGUUGCUAUUGGUACAACAAAAAGUGUUGUACUUUUAUUUGAACAUCAAACACAAUCAUUAAAACAUUGUUUAAAUAGUGAUUUAUCAAAUGGUGCUGUAUCAGCAUUAAAUUUUAAUAAUGAUGCAACACGUUUAUUAGUUGGUUAUGCACGUGGACGUAUACAAAUGUAUGAUUGCUCAAAUGGAAAACUUCUACGUAAUAUAAGUAAUGAUAUUCAUGGACCUGAUACAGCUAUAUUAAAUAUUAAAUUUACACAUGAUCCAACAAUUGCUUUAUUUAGUGAUAGUGGUGGUAGUGUAUAUGUAUUACAAUUUACACGUCAUUUAAAACGUGGUUAUCAAUCGAAAUGUCUUUUUUCUGGUAGUCGUGGUGAAGUAUGUACAAUCGAACCACUUUUAUUUUAUCAUCAACAAGAUUUAUUAACAACAGAUACAAAUGAAAAAUUAGAACAACAUGCAUUAAAACCAAUGUAUAUAGUUGCAUUAGCUACAUUUACAAAAGUUUUUUUAUUAGCAUUAAAAUCACAAAAUAAUGUUAAAAUUUUACGUGUACAACAUUUAGCUGGAAGUAAUACAACAUUACCAAUACUUAAAUGGCAAUUUAUUAUUGUUAAAGUUAGUGAGAAAAUUAAUUGUAUUAAUCCAAUUCUUGCUGCUGUCAGAGAUAGACACUGCACAUUCAUUCAGAUUCAACAUGUACGUGAUGAUGAAGUGCAUAUAACACAAUUGAAACAGAUUACAGUUGAUUAUCAUAUUAAAUCAUUUUGUUGGUUAAAUGCAAGAACAUUUGUAUUAUUUGAUAUGUCUGAACGUGCACAUGUUAUUGAUCAACGUUCAGAAGAACAAUUAGAAUGUGUAUCUUUAUCAUAUUGUGAACUUAUUUAUAAUACAAUCUUUUUUAAAUCAUUAGCUACUGGUGGUAAUGUUUCAUCUGCAUUAGCAUUAGCGGGACAAAAUGCUUGUUAUCAAACAUUAAUAUCAAAUCAAGGUUAUAUUUUUUUACUUGGUACUCAUACACUUUAUGAAAUACAUCUACGUGAUUGGUCUGAACGUAUUGAUUUUUAUAUUGAAAACGGUAAAAAUCAAUAUGAUCAAGCAUUAGAACUUGCUUAUUCAAUGUUAGUUGGAAAAGCUAAAGGCUUAACUGGUUUACCAAUUGACUCAACAAAACGUCGUCAAUGUAUAUCCGAUCGAAUGGUUUCAUUACUUCAGGCUUAUUUAAAAUUUUCACUUCAUCAUGAAUGUCCACAGUCAGGUAAUAUUGAUUUACUUAAACAACAUUAUAGAAAUGUUUUACCACGUUCAAUUGAUUAUUGUUUAUUAAUUGAUCGUUUGGAUUUAUUAUUUGGUCUUAUAUAUGAUAUUUUUUCAAAAGAUUCUAUAGCACAUGGAAUUUAUUUACAAUGUUUAGAACCUUAUAUAUUAAAAAAUCGUUUUGAUACAAUAUCACCAAUGGUUUUAAAAGAUUUUAUUAAUUAUUAUAUUAAUAAUAAUUAUUUUAAUCAAUUAGAACAAUGUUUAAAUCGUCUUGAUGUAUCAUCUGUUGAUAUUGAUCAAAUUAUACAAGUAACAAGAAAAUAUGAACUUUAUAUGACAUUAUUACAUAUGUAUAGUGAAGCUUUUAAAGAUUUUACAACAAUUUUAAAAGAAAUUAUUGAAAAACUUGAAAAUGAUUUUGCACAAAAUAAUGGUAAAUUUAAGAUAUUUCAUUAA